AUGCUCCGCCGAAAGCCCACGGCGAUCGCGAUCACUUCUGAAGACCUUGCCAUGUUUGAGGAGAUGAGACUCCGCAAACUGGAGGAGACUCGUCAGCCCGAACAGGCGAAGGGGAGCGCCAAUGUCAACUUCGAUCCAAGCGAUGAACUCAAACCCCUCCCUGGAGACAAGGCCAGGAUUGUCCGAUCCCGCGAAGAGAGGAUAGGCCUCGGUCAUCGUGGCUGA